AUGUCCCACUAUGUCUGCAUCACUUUCACCGAAGGCAACACCCGCUUCGUAAUUGCCGAACUCCUCCUCGAUGAUGAAAACAUCUUCAAAGCCAUCUCCUCCGUCUCAGGCCGAACCCUCAACCUCACCACCCACCACUGCAAAGACCUCAUCCAGCUCGGCGCCAUCAUCGUCCCUCAUCAACCGGGCCGCGUCAAAAACGUCGUGACCAGUAUCAAGGAUAAUAAUGUGGACACGGUGUGUAUGAUUCUGCCGGCGUCGAAACAUAAGACUGAUGUUACGGCGGAGUUAAUUGAAGUGGUGAAGAUGGCGGAUGUUCCGAAUAUUGUGCUCAUUACUGCGGCGGGGUGUGAUCUUGCGGAGAGGGAUAGGCAGCCUAAACUAGGAGUUUGGAGAGGUGCCCUGUCCCUGCCUAUUGGGCAACAGCAUAAGUUUGCUCUGGUUGUGCUGGGCAUGAUCCAGGAUGUCGCACUCCUGGCUGCCCAUGUCCUGACAGGAAAAGGAUCUCAUGGCUUAGAUGAUAAGCAUCGUGGUCAAUUGACGACCAUUACUGGCACCACCUUUCUAAACGGCCAUGAACUCGCCAAAGCAGCUAGCAAAGCUUUAAAAGCCAAUAUGAAAUUCGAAGUUAUACCUGACCGCGAGGCAAAGCAAGUCCUCCGCAAACACAUCGACACAAACGAUACAGAAAUCCAAUUCCUAGUCGAAUACUACUCGCUUGUCCGCGAGGGCAAAACAAACUACAUGGCUACCACGGCAUUUUGCGAUGUCACCAUGGGCGAAGGACCACAGAAACCGCAUGAGUUCUUUAAGAUUUAUGGAGAGGAAUUUACGCCGAAUAAGAGAGGGGUGAAGAGGAGGAAAGUUGAUGGGAAGUACUCUGGGUAUAUUAUUGUCGGGUGGGAUAGGUAA